CGGAGUGAAAAUUGAAAAAUUAAUUCACGAAACUUCACCAAGCAACAUUUACUCGAAAGGAAAGCUAUCAAUCAAAUUUAUUACAAGCUUCAAAGGAUCUCUUCAACUUUGUGCAAAUGGUUUCCCAUUUACUCGACAUCGAGUGUUAGGAUCGACAGUUUAUUGGCGUUGUGUGCAGUUCAAAGCUCUUGGAUGUCGAGCACGAUUACGAACUCGAUUAGAUAAAAAUGAACAAUACAUGACACAUCGAAACUACGAUGAUGCAUCACAAAAAGUCGAAAUCGUUUGUGAUCAACACAACCACUUAAUUAUCACUGAACGAAGAAAGAAAGGAUCCUUGAAAGAUCUUAAAGAAACGUCCACUGCUGAAAUAAUUGAAGAAUCAAUUUUAGAAAAUGACAAUUUAUCUUUUGACCAAAUAAUCUCAUAGACGAAUACAUUGUUUAACAAUAAAAUGAAUCAGAAAGAAAAA